UUAAGUUCUGUGCAUAGAAAAAGUGUCUGUGUCUGUGUAAAAAACAACUAAGAAACUAUAGAAAACAUUUUAAUCAUGCCCUUUGUUUAUGUAAAAUAUGUUAAGGACAACGUGGUCGCCACUGUAACACCAGGGAAAAUAAAACGGUUUAAUAUAAACGAUUACAAUCCCACUAAAACAUAUAGUGUUCUUUAUCAAAAUGAAUACUAUAGGGCAUACAUAAUUAGUACAGGUGAAACUGAAGAGGAGGCAAUUAGAAAUGGAACUGCUAAAAGAUUUCGAAUGCCUAACAAACAGAAGCUUUUAGAUGAACUAGAGUACAGUACUGUGGAUGAGGAUAAUACAGAUGAGAAAGCAGCAGUUCCCCCCAAGAAAAAAACGAAUAAAACCGCGGAUGCAAUAGGUAUAGAGAACUACAUCAACGUUAUUGGUGAACAAAGCUGUUCUGUUAGAAAUGAGGUUAGAACCUUAAAACCAGAGGCCAAGGAAAACAAUAAGCUGCAGUUGGAAAUUAAUGAGCUAAAAAAAAAACAAAAAGAAUUUGAAAAAGAAAUUAAAGAUCUAAGACAACUGAACAGAUCUUUGCAGUUGGAAGUUAUUGAUGUUAUGAAAGAAUUGGUUCUUACAAAGUUUGUAAAUCAACAAGAAGAGAAGGAAGUAGCUGUAGGCGAUAGGGUAAAUGGAAAUGUCUAUUUAGGUAGAGAUGUCUGGUUGCCCUGCCAAAUAUACGAUUCAGCUGCCAGUAAAGCAAUCAGAAAAGACUACUCUUUAUUCAUAAAAGAAAUAGCUGUUGCUGUUUUCGGGCAAAACCUCUUAAGCCAAUCUUCGGUGACAGGUAUUGCUAGCAAUAGAGUCAAGGGACCAGCGAAACCCCCACUUGACAGCACAAAGAUAAUGGCUAUUCAUGAUAUAGUCGCGUUUAGAAUGAAUGAACGCGGGGAACCGCCUGAAAGGAUUCAAGCUGUAACAGGCAACAUAAAUAAUAGAAUAGCUGAAAAAAUACAAGACAUUCUUAGGCCGCCAAGACAACCAGCGCAAAAACAAAAAGGUAUUGAAAAUAUUAAGAUUUUAAAAGUUGUAAACGUCAUAGAGAAUGAGGAAAACGUCAUUGAGAAUGAGGAGGUCGUCGUUAACAGUAACGAGGACAGUAGCGAGGAUACGCCAGUUUUGACCACCGUCAAUAAUCAAAACAACAAAUUGUACCAGGAAAAAUGAGGCUAAACACAACUACUAGGGAGCAAAAAAAUAUUUUGUUUAGUUUAAUGUUUUAUUUUGAAUGAUAUUUUAUUUUUAAUAUAUUUGGG